AUGGCUCCAGAAAGCUACAGCAUGGUAUUACUGAUGAUGUACUUUGAUCCAAGAAAAAAGAUUGGGCUUGGAUUGACUGGAUUUGGUGUAAUUUUUACUCUGCUUGGAGUGUUUCUCUUCUUUGAGAGGAGUUUCGUUGCCAUUGGGAAUAUCCUCCUUCUGUCUGGGGUGACCUUAACCAUUGGACUGAUGUCUACCUUGCAAAUUUUCAUGAAACGACAAAAUUUGAAGGGUUCUGCCUCCUUUGCUGUUGGUUUCGUGCUUAUUAUGCUGGGAUGGCCUGUGCUAGGCAUGAUUUGGGAGACCUGCGGUCUUUUUGUGCUGUUCAGGUAA